AAGGUUGAGUCGCGCGGAGGUGGGACAGAGCGCGAGGCGCUACAGAUCAGAGGAGAAGAAGGCGCGCGGACCGGAGACUCCAGAGGAACUGUUACCUGAGGGCGACCUGCUCAUCUACUCUCAGAUAAAACCUCAUUACUAUGGACUGUCGAAAAGAGGGCUGUGCUCAGCCACAAGACGAGGACAUCAUGGAUAUCCCCCUGGACGACCCUACCGCUAACAAGGCUGCCGCUAAGAUCCAGGCCGGCUUCCGGGGUCACAUGACGAGGAAGAAGAUGAAGGAUGACAAACCAAGAGAAGAGAAACAAAGGGAUAAGAAGUAGCGCCAGAAGGACGUCCAACCGCUGCCGUUUUUCCGUACACCACCGCAAUAACCUUGAGGUCGACGAGAAACAUUCAGUGUGUAAUAUAUAUAUACAAGUGUAAAACUUUAGAAACUAAGCCCGGAUCAGUGACCUUACACUCCUCUUCUGCUUCUUAUAGAGUCCCGACAGUCGUCCAUGGCGCACCACUCAGCAUGUUAUAUAGCAUUUCUUCGCUUUCAUUUUUGUUCAGCGAGUUACGUUUCGCGUUUCAAACUCUCUCCGUCGCUUCUAAUAAGACGAGCAAAAAAAGUGUGAGCUGAUUGGUUUAUUUAUUUGAUUCAUUUAUGGUGCUCACAUCCCUUUUCUCUUAUUCUCUAUUCCCUCCCUUCCUUGUCUGUAUUCCUCGGUAUAGAGGUAUGCAUUUAUUACAUCGCCUUUUCCAGUGUCGUUUUGCUUCUGCCUGUUUAAUAAAACAAAAUCAUUGGGA